AUGUGGGGCGGAGGAGACCGGGGAGGUGGAGGGAUAGGAGGAGGCUCUGAAGGAGCAGGAGGUAUAAGAGGAGGCCCUGAAGGAGCAGGAGGUAUAAGAGGAGGCGGCCCUGAAGGAGCAGGAGGUAUAAGAGGCGGCCCUGAAGGAGCAGGAGGUAUAAGAGGAGGCCCUGAAGGAGCAGGAGGUGUAAGAGGAGGAGGCCCUGAAGGAGCAGGAGGUAUAAGAGGCGGCCCUGAAGGAGCAGGAGGUAUAAAAGGAGGCCCUGAAGGAGCAGGAGGUGUAAGAGGAGGAGGCCCUGAAGAAGCAGGAGGUAUAAGAGGAGGAGGCCCUGAAGGAGCAGGAGGGGGGGUGGGGGGGGUGGGGGGGGGGGUGGGGGGGGGGGGGGGGGGGGGGGGGGGGGGGGGGGGGGGGGGGGGGGGGGGGGGGGGGGGGGGGGGGGGGGGGGGGGGGGGGGGGGGGGGGGGGGGGGGGGGGGGGGGGGGGGGGGGGGGGGGGGGGGGGGGGGGGGGGGGGGGGGGGGGGGGGGGGGGGGGGGGGGGGGGGGGGGGGGGGGGGGGGGGGGGGGGGGGGGGGGGGGGGGGGGGGGGGGGGGGGGGGUGGGGGGGGGGGGGGGGGGGGGGGGGGGGGGGGGGGGGGGGGGGGUGGGGGGGGGGGGGGGGGGGGGGGGGGGGGGGGGGGGGGGGGGGGGGGGGGGGGGGUGGGGGGGGGGGGGGGGGGGGGGGGGGGGGGGGGGGGGGGGGGGGGGGGGGGGGGGGGGGGGUGGGGGGGGGGGGGGGGGGGGGGGGGGUGGGGGGUGGUGGGGGUGGGGGGGGGGGGGGGGGGGGUGGGGGGGGGGGGGGGGGGGGGGGGGGGGGGGGGUGGGGGGGGGGGGGGGGGGGGGUGGGGGGGGGGGGGGGGGGGGGGGGGGGUGGGGGGGGGGGGGGGGGGGGGGGGGGGGGGGGGUGGGGGGUGGGGGGGGGGGGUGGGGGGGGGGGGGGGGGGGUUUUUGGGGUGGGGGGGGGGGGGGGGGGGGGGGGGGGGGGGGGGGGGGGGGGGGGGGGGGGGGGGGGGGGGGGGGGGGGGGGGGGGGGGGGGGGGUGGGGGGGGGGGGGGGGGGGGGGGGGGGGGGUGGGGGGGGGGGGGGGGGGGGGUGGGGGGGGGGGGGGGGGGGGGUGGGGGGGGGGGGUGGGGGGGGGUGGGGGGGGGGGGGGGGGGGGGGGGGGGGGGGGGGGGGGGGGGGGGGGGGGGGGGGGGGGGGGGGGGGGGGGGGGGGGGGGUUUUGGGGGGGGGGGGGGGGGGGGGGGGGGGGGGGGGUGGGGGGGGGGGGGGGGGGGGGGGGGGGGGGGGGGGGGGGGGGGGGGUGGGGGGUGGGGGGGGGGGGGGGGGGGGGGGGUGGGGGGGGGGGGGGGGGGGGGGGGGGGGGGGGGGGGGGGGGGGGGGGGGGGGGGGGGGGGGGGGUUGUGUGGGGGGGGGGGGGGGGGGGGGUGGGGGGGGGGGGGGGGGGGGGGUGGGGGGGGGGGGGGUGUGGGGGGGGGGGGGGGGGGGGUGGGGGGGGGGGGGGUGGGGGGGGGGGGGGGGGGGUGGGGGGGGGGGGGGGGGGGGGGGGGGGGGGGGGGGGGGGGGGGGGGGGGG